GUCCUUGAAUUCCACAGAAUCCAUCCAUCAGCAGAUUUAUCCCGCAGACCCCAGGAGACACUCGCCGCCUUUACUUCUAAUUAAACCUCUUGGUCAGAUGAACUCCGGAUGUCUCUGGUUACCGUUGCGCCUUCCAUCACCUUUACGCAAACUUGAACAGCUACUCGGGGCACCGGUGUUGAGCACAGCUGCUCCAAGCUGCCUCCCCCUCCCCUCCCCUAUGCCUCCCCCCCUCCCGUAGCACCGCUGGGUGGGCUGGAACGGGACACUUUCAGCGCACCGACCCUCACCUGUUUCCUACCACCUCUGCGUUCAGACCGGCUGCGCACCUCCCUUCAGCUUGGAAGAUGCAGAUGUCAGGGAUUUCCUCCUCAUUCCUGAUGGCACGAGGCGCCUGAGGCUGCCGGCUGACAGACGGAUGCGGAGUUGAAGAGGCUGCGGUGGGAUCACGCAGCAAUACAGGGGUUUCCCUCAGAUUUCAUUCGGACAUCAGGAGAUGAGUGCGGGACACAAAAUGCGUCUGCAUGAUGCCAUCAUGUUUUUGUGCCCUUCAUAAUCCUGUUAGGGCAACACAGUGGACCUGGACACUUGCCUGCCUUCCUGACUCGUCGGACUCAUCUGUUGCAGCUAUUAGAUACAAGUCACCUAGAAAUUAGCUGAUUAGAGACAUCAGUACUACCCCCGAUUCUCUUUUGGCUACAUAUUUUGAUCUUUAAUUAAGAUCACUGAAGGCUGAAAUAAACCUUCUGGUUAGAAGUGUAGAAAGACUUUGGCCUCCAAAGACUCCUGUUCUUAUCCUGCUCUGAUUGGCCCGCUGUGGAGCAGCGAGCCUUCCAAAUGCUGCCAUGCCCAUCAUCAGCAACACCAACCAUGAUUUCAGCAAUCUUUCGGUCAGCGAUGACAGCAGUCUGGAUCGGAUCUUCACUGAAAUUCCAGAAACUGAGACCAUCAAGGGAGUGUACUACAAGAGGGCACAGUUUAUCCGCAGGCCAGAAGACCUUGUCUCCGUUGACCAUACCUUAUUGGCUGUGAUUAAUGUGGGUGGAAAUCGUUACACCUUCCCCUGGACCACUCUCCAGCAGUUCCCCCUCACAAGACUAGGUCGCCUCUGUGGCUGUCGGUCACUUGAGGAAAUUGCCAGCGUAUGUGACGACUAUGAUGAAGCCAGGAAGGAGUUCUUCUUUGACCGCUCUCCAUCUGCCUUUAAAGUCAUCCUUAACUUCUUGGCAGCAGGGAAACUACGGCUUCUGCGAGAGAUGUGUGUCCUGUCCUUGCAUGACGAGUUGAACUACUGGGGGGUCGAGAUGGCCUACAUGGAGCGCUGCUGCAAGAGAAAGAUGUACACACGCAUCGAGGAGGUGCAUGAGAAGGAGAGACGGGAGGAGGAGCGUAGGCAGAGAAACGCCAUGCAGCGAGUCCCAGUGGAGGAAACAAAAUACAGGAAAGUGAUGAACUGGCUGAGAGAUAUGGUGGAGAAUCCUCAGUCAGGCCUACCAGGGAAGAUCUUCGCCUGUUUGUCAGUGAUCAUGGUUGCUGUCACUGUUGUUAGCUUGUGUAUCAGCACCAUGCCUGACCUCAGAGAGGAGGAGGACAGGGGUGAGUGUUCCUCCAAAUGCUACAACAUGUUCAUCAUAGAGACGGUGUGUGUGGCCUGGUUCUCCCUGGAGUUCAUCCUACGCUUCAUUCAGGCCCCCAGCAAGCUCGAUUUUCUCCGAGGUCCGCUCAAUAUCAUCGAUGCCAUGGCCAUCCUGCCCUACUACGUUUCACUUGUGGUGACAGAAGAGGAUCAGAGCUCUGAGCAUGAGAGGCCUGGUGGAGGUAAGGGCUACUUGGACAAACUGGGUCUGGUGCUGAGGAUCCUGCGGGCACUGAGGAUUCUGUACGUGAUGCGGCUAGCUCGCCACUCCCUCGGCUUACAGGUGCUGGGGCUGACGGUCAGGCGCAGCACCCGGGAGUUUGGCCUCCUUCUUCUUUUCCUCUGCGUAGCUGUCACCCUUUUCUCUCCUCUCGUCCACCUUGCGGAAAGUGAGCUUACAGGCACCCAUGAUUUCAGCAGCAUUCCCGCCUCUUACUGGUGGGCGAUCAUUUCCAUGACAACCGUAGGUUACGGUGACAUGGUGCCGAGGUCCAUUCCAGGGCAGGUUGUUGCGCUGAGCAGCAUCCUGAGCGGGAUUCUUAUCAUGGCUUUUCCAGCUACCUCCAUCUUCCAUAUGUUCUCCCGCUCCUACCAGGAGCUCAAGAUGGAGCAUGACCGUUUGUUUAAGGAGGAGUGUGAAGCCGCUGCUGCAGCUGCUGCUGCCACAGGCGUGCAGGAGGUAGGAGGUGAAGACAAGAAGGAGGAAUCACCUCAAUCAGAACAUCAGGAGGAAAAUAAGAAUCAGUCAGUUGAGUCUCUGGCUCUGCUCGGUAAUGGUGGUGAAACUACAGGAACUAAUAACCACAGUCUUCCAGCAGCAGCUUUUUAAAGAUUCAUGCUGGGUGCUGAACUUUCAUUAAAACAAGUUCACUAAUCUUUGUGCCGCUUAGAAUAUGAGUACUACUAAGGGACUAAUACCCCAAAAGCCUAACUGCCCAUUAAUGGCACCUGCAUUAUUUUGGAUACAAAAAAAUCUUUUUUUUGUAUUUUGUUUUUCUUUUCAAUGCAUAGACAAGGAAAAUGAAGAUAAGCUGGAGGACUAAGCACCCUUUAACCUGAAUGGUUCUCUGUUUCUGACUAGAAGGCAUCUGCAGCAAUAUUAGAAACAGGCUGCUUCCAUAAACUUGAAAUAUUAAAUCCAAAGUCGCUUCUCCUUUCACUGUGAAAAUGCUUAAGACUGACUGCAACCUUUGUUAUAUUUUCAUUUCUAUUCAAUAUGUUGCCUAAAGUAUGAUCUAAAACAUACUUAACCUUUCUGCCAUGAAUGCAAAUAAAUGCACCUCCUAGUUUAUAUAUGAAAAGCUUCAAGCCAUGUUCUGAAAAGAAUUAAUCAAUGCAUUGUAACCCAUAUGUAAUGUAUAUCCAUCGUUCUCACAUUUUUAAAACUAUGACCCGAUGAAUAAGUGAUGGUUCUACUGUGACUCUUACUUGAACUGCUGUGAGAAGAUGUUUACCCCCUGACAGAUUUGUUCUGUUUUUGCUGUUUUGUCAAACUUGAAAUUUUUUUAGUUGUAAAAUAAACGUUCAGUAUCAAAGAGAACCUGAGUUAAAAACAGAAUAACCGUUUUUUUUUUAAGUGCGUAAAGAUAUUCAGACCCCCCUGGCCUAUAUGUUUAGAUAUAGGCUAAAACAAAUCAUCACAUUGAUUGUAAUUCAUUGUUUAAAAAUAAAAAAUCUACUCAUUUAGUAAUUCUAAAUUGGAUUAUACAGACUAUAAAACAUGUCAUUUGCUGGGAGAACAACUAUCUCAAACUAAACGUUAGAGCAAAACUGUACAGCAUAUACAGUACAGUAGUAAAGUAUUUUGCAUUUAAAAAGAAAAACUUUUAUCUACGGAUAAAUUCUAAUUGGGCACAAGUUCUUAUCAACUGCUUUAAAAAAUCAUUACUAGCUUAAGUCCCCCCCACCCCCAAUAACUGCUUUAAAGCAUGUGUCUUUAGUGACAGUUACCACCUUAGGGAAAUGUGUAUCACAUUCAGCCCACUCUGCUCAUUGUAUGGAUUCAGCCAGAAUGUAAGAACUUCUACCAUGAAUGGUUUUUUUACCAUUGUACCACAGCCUGUCAAUCAGAUUUAGAUCCAAACCGUUAGUAGUGAGCUCCAACCUUUUGGUUUGGAACAGGGCUAGCAAUUCAAAGGCAGGGCUAUUGUGCUUCAGGUACUUUGUUUUGGUGUAGAAACCAAGGUCACCUUAAGGUCACAGACUGACUGGGACCAUAUAAAUAGUCCCAGAUCAUAAGCCCACCACCACAAUGUUUGACUCCAGGUGAAUAUGGUCAAGCAUCAUGAUUGGUUCAGAUGUUGAUGUUCUUUUUUUUUUAUUAAUAAUGUGGUAUUUUUACACUUCUGGAUACACAAUGGUGUAGAACUACCUGGAUACACACUCUCCACAAAGGCCUGACUUUGUCUGCUUAGUCCACAAAAUACUUUCCCAAAAACUUUAAGGUCAUCAAAGUGUUUUUCAUAAAUGUGUGCAUUACCUCUCUGUUCUUCCAUGCAGCUAUGUUUUACUCUGCCUGUUUUUCCUUCCCGUUGAAUCCUGACCUUUGACCUUAAAGGUUUGUCCUGGAGUAAUUUUUAUUUGCUGGUCGCUACUGGGAGUGCUCAGUGUGUUGAUGUUUUCUCCAUCUAUGAGCAAUUGUUCUCUGUGUUGUUUUCUUGCCUACUUCAUGUUGUCAAACAAGUUCUAUUUAAUAGAUGCCAUGAUUCUACAGGUCUGACAGUAAUCAUGCCCUUUUUGAUAAAAAAUGAAAUCCCCUUUUGAAAGAUUUGCUCUUCUUGAUAUAUCCAAAUUUGUUUCAAGCUCUGAAACCAGUAAGAGUGUUGAAAAUGGAAAAGCAAAAAUGUCUGUAAGGGGGUAAGUAGAUUUUCACAGCCCUGUACUGCAGGAUGAUCCCUACUGUAAUUUUAUAAUUAGGGAAUAAAGGGAUGGAGAUGAAAAGGAAGUAUUUGUUUAAGACCAUGAGGGUGGGUGAGUGAGUGAGAGUGAGCGCUAAGAACCAUGAAAUGUACUUUAAUGCUCCAAUAAAAGCUCUCCUUGUAAUGUGGGAGAAAUCCAUUUUCUGGUAUGGAAUUUUUUUUUGGUUUUUCAGGGUACGACGCUCUAAUCUUCUUGGCUCACCGUGGAUGCACAAUCAGAUUCCUGCAGCUGAAAGAGAAGACGACCCGAAACAUCUGUUGCCGCCAGACACUCAGAUAAGCACUCAGUGACUUCAGUCAAAAUCCUCUUCUUACAUCAUCCACUGGUUUCUGUGUACCAGGUUAACUAAUGCUGCAAAGAUGCAAAUUUCUUCACAAAUCUAAGGGUCAAAGAAAGGUAUCUAUGCCAUGUACUGCACCAGAAAUAAGUUCCAGUCUUUGACUAACAAGUCCUUUCCUGCUCAGUUUGGUCCAGGUCCCGUCUUCACAUUGAUCUAAAGUAUUUUAUUUUUUCCUGAGAGGACAAAGAGGCUGUAGGGAAACAUAGAGACAUGCCAGAUGUGGAUUUAAUCUAGAUUAAAGUUGGGAUUAUAACCCUCACAUGCACAGGUUUUAGCCUGAAACUCAGCUUCAUCCAUUAUUUUUCAAAUCUAAGCAACUUUGGUCCAACCAACGUGCAAUACGGUUCAGUUUCAUUGGCUCGUCUCUGAUCGGAUUUAUAGGCGUUGCGGUGGCUGGGGCUUCUGCAGCAGUUAACAUGGUGCAGGCCAUGCAAGCGUAAUGACAUAAUCCAACUUUUCUUGAUCAAAUGUGGAGGAUUACGCAGACUAAGGGUAUUGUCUGUCUGUAUACUCAACAGCUAAACCAUAAAAGAUUUUGCUGUGGUGCUCAU